UAUACGCGACUGUCAUAAUUAGAGAAUCAAUCUGCGCGAUGACGACGGCGUACGGUAACGAUCGCGAGGGAGACGCUCAGGGGAGGCUCGGAUGUGGAGCCCGCGUAGAUCGCGGCGAGAACUUAGAAAAUCGCACGGGAACGCUUGUCGACUGUCCGCACGCGUGCACGUUCGCUUCCCCGCAAGACCAUAAUGAACUAGCAUAACCCUUGCAGGCAAAACCAGAAGAUUACGGUCGGCUCGCAACGUUAAAACUCGCCCGAUCGACGGCUCGCAUUCCUACACUCAGCUGCACGCACGAUCUGCAUUUAUCGCUCGGAAAAGGCGCGGACCUCUCGGCAGAGACUCCUCCCUCUUCUUCUCUCCCCUGAAUAUCGCGGGAUCUCUCAUCAAAGCACCGUCCGAAUUUCACGGUCAUGGCGGAAGGACCCUCGAGCGAGGAGGAGACUCGCGGGAUGAGCGUAAACUACAUCGCGAAAUUUCGCCGGAGCUGCCGCAAUCGCCGCUCGCACGACGAAGUCGCGGACCUGGCGGCCGAGUUGCAGCGCGCCUACACGGCGAAGGAGCUGCAGGCUCAGCUGGAGGAGAAGCAGAGGCGCAGACAGGCGGAGCUGGUGCAAGAGCGCGAGUGCGCUGAAUUAGCGCGGCUGCGGCAGCGCGAGGCGUCGGCGGAGGAUCUCCGGCGCCGCGCGGAGAUCCUGCGCAGAGGCGAGGAGUACAGGCGGCAGUUGGACGAGCAAUUGACACGGAAGGAGCGGGAGAGGAGAGUUCUCGCGGAGGAGGCUCGCGAGUACAGAAAGACCCUGGAGGAGAUGGAUCGCGCGCAGGAAGAGCGCGAGUGCUCGAAUGCCUCGGAGAAGAAACGCGAGCUCGUGGUAAAGACGAGGCGGGAGAGACUGAUCCUCGAGGAGGUGAAGGAGGCGCGUCGGCAGGUGGAGCGCGAGGCCGAGGAGAGGAAACGACGACAGGAUCUGGAGUACCUGAGGCAGAUGGACGAGAGGUCAGAGGAGGUGAACAGGCUGCGACAGGAGCAGAUAGAGAGGCGCGAGAGUGUCCUGUUGGAAGCCACGCGGAUGAUACUGGAUGCGGAGGCGCGCAAACAAGAGAGGGAGGAACGGCUGUUUGAUCUGGUGGCGGAGGAGAUCAGAUGCGAGCUCGUGAUCAGGGAGCGAGAGCAGGCGGCGCGCAGGAGGAGGAUGCGCCAGGAACUGGUGGCCGGUUUGGAGGAGCAGAUCAUCCUCACGGAGCAAUGCAAGCGGCGUCUCGUGGAGGAGGAUAGAGCCUGGGCCGAGGAUGUCAUGAGGAAGAUUAUGGAGGACGAGAGACUGGCGAGAUGCACGGCGGAGGCGAAGAGGAGGAUGAAAGUGCAGCACCGGGAGGACCUGGAGAAUUUGAUUGCGCACCGCCGCAGGAUUCGCGAGGAGGAGAUUGCUAGGAUGGAGGAGACCAUUAAAGAGGAACAGAGGCUGGCGCGACUCGAGGCGGAGUGCGCGAAGGAGCAGAGGAGGCGCUUAUUGACGGUGCAUGCGGCCGAUAUCGCGAACUUCGUGAAUCGUGCGGCUCUCACGGCCGAGGAGCGGCGAAUCCUCGACGAGACGAGCAAGGGGAAUCGGGACACUGGAUAUGUCGACGACGAAGCCGGCGAUGGGGAAGCAAAAGAAAACUGAUGACGAAGGGGAACGUUAGGUUCGCAAUGUUGCGGAUAUUAUUGGCAACGCGGCGAGAUGAAAUUGUGAAAUAUUUAACGGGACGAUGAGAGAGAGAGAGUUCCUGGAUGGGAAACUUAUACCCUGUAAGAUGAAGAAUAGGUCAGUAGGGAUACGUCAGAAUUAUCGAAGGAAUGGAAGAAGCGAAGAGACUAAAAAUAUUUAGGCCGUUGUGGAGACGGAAUGGUUACGACAAACAUCCCGACGACUGAGACAAGAAAUUGAGCGAAAAUGCCAAGUAAGAGAGAGUUCCAUUUAACACGUGAAAGAAAUGUCGAUCGAGAGGCAGCCGUUAGAGACCGUAACGAGCAAAAUAAAACAAAAAACGUCGAAAGGAGAUCAAUUGGAAUGGAGGAAACUAAUAAAACCAGCUAGAGAG